AUGGAGGAACAUUCAAGUUAUGAAUUUAAAGACAACUUAAGUAUAAACAUUAUUAGAACAAAUGUUGUCAAAAGAAGUUUUUAUAGUUACACGGAAUAUGUUUUAGAAUUUAAAGUUUUGAAUAGCCAGAAAAUUUUAAAAAAAAGAUUUUCAGAUUUUGUUACUUUCUAUUUACAACUGAAAAAUGAAUUAUAUGAUAAAUUUAAUGAAUGCUUAGAAAAAAUAAGUGUUUUACCUUCAAAAAAGCUAUUUGGUAGAUUUAAUUAUAAUUUUGUUGAAGAGAGGAGACAGAAACUUGAAUUGUUCUUAAAAAAUAUUUCAAAAAAUAAAAACAUAUAUUUAUGUGACAAUUUUUAUGACUUUUUAUGUUUAGAUAAUAUAACAAAAUAUUUAUUUAAAUUAAUGUGUACAGAAAUUAGUGAUUAUUCUAAUAUACAAAAAUUUCUGAAAAAAAUAAAUUACAUUUUAUUUAUGUCUAGAAGUAAUACAUUAAAAAGUGCUGAAUGUGAUAUAAUCAAUUUCUUAUUUCAUAUAAAAAAAAAUUUAAAAUUAAAUAAUGAAAUAAAAUUUUUUAUUUUAAAUAUUUUUCUUCAUCAUUUAACUUACACAAAAAAUCCAGAAAAUUUAUUAAAUAUUCAAUUAAUGAAAUUUGCUUUUGAAAUAAUUCAUGAAAAUCUAUUAGGAGAAAAUAUAAAUGAAGUUCUGUUAAAAACUUCCUCUGAGACAAUAUUAAGAAUUGUAGAUAAAAAAAAUGAUGUCUUUUUAGAAUAUUUAAAAACUCAUAAUUUUAAAGAAAUUUGUACCAUUUUCAAUAUAAUAAAUAAGAAGAAAGAGAAAAAAGAUGAUGAAAAAAUUGACAAUAUUGCUUUUAAUGUAUAUAUUUUAGUAUCUUUAUUAUUAUUAUCUUCUAUUCAUUUAAAUGAAAUUCAGAAUUUUUUUUCUAUGAAAAAUAAUACGAAUAAAGGAAUAUGCAUAUUGGGUUAUAUGUAUGACAGUCAAAAUAUUAAUAUUCAAAUAAUAUGCUGUAUUAUAUUGUCUUUAUUAAUAAUUAAUAAAAAAAUAAAAGAUGAAGAAGUUAUUUAUAAAACAAAGAUGUCUAUUUUGCUAAUUCAAAAUGAAAUUCAAAAUAUAAAGAAUGUAGAUUAUCAGUUAAUUGAAAUUAUAUGUAGUAAAAAGAAUAUUAGUUUACUAAACAAUAUUCUUGAAUCAUUAUUAAAAGAUAAAGUAAUGAAUUAUGAUCUUAAUUUAAAUGAUAUUGAUAAUUUUGAAAAACUAAAAAUUGAGUGUAAUCCCUUAGAAAAAGAUUUAUUUUAUGAACAAAAAAUAAAAUAUGGGAAUUUUUCAAAUAAUGAUAUAAUUUUACAAUUUAUUUUAUUUAUUAUUAAUAUUGGUGUGAGUGAAUUCUUCAUACUUAAAAGAAAUUAUAAAUUUAGAAUGAAGAAGAAAUUAAUGAAAAUAAAGAUGAGGAAAAAGGAAAUAUCUAACAAUAAGAAGAUGAAGAAAUCGAAAAUGAAUAAUUCACAAAUUAUGUUAAAUGAUCGAGAAAAUGAAAGCAAAUAUAUAUUACAAAUAAAAAAUAGUGACACUAAUAAAAAAGAAAGGAAACAAAUGAAUGGAAAUUAUAGCAACUAUUGUAAGGGGAUAGAAGAAAAUGGAGAUAAUGAUAAAUAUAGUAAUGAAGAAGAUGAAGAUUAUGAAGAGAACCAGAAAAAAAGGAAGGAAAGAAGAAAACAAAAAGAAAUAAAUGUUCCAAAAAGUGAUGAUGAUAGUUGUGAUAAUGUUAGCAAUGAUGGAGAUGAUGAAGAAGAUGAUGAUGGAGAUGAAAGUUACAAUGAAGAUUAUGAUGAUGACGUUAUAAAGGAUAAAGAUAAUGAAGAUGAAGAAAAUGAAAAUUAUAAUGUUAUUAGAGAAUAUAAAAAAAAAAAGCAAGAAGAUAAAGAAUCUACAACAAACUCAUGUGUAUCUCCAUUAUACUCUUUUUCAAGUGAUUACAAUAGUUCUUAUCAUGAUGAAAAUGAGAAUUCUUCAAAGAUUAAUUUAAACAUAGAUAUUAUAAAAAAUGUUUGCUAUGAAGAUGAAUUUAGUUUGGAUUCUGGUAACAUAAAAAAUGAUAUAUUUUUUCUUGAUAAACAAAACAAAUAUAAUAAUUCAAAGGAUAAUGAUUCCGUUAAAUCAUCUAAUGAUUCAAUGCAUAAUAAAGAUUUUAAAUGUUACCAAUAUAAAGUUAAAGAAGAUAUAAAAAUGAUGUAUGAAAAUAGAAAGAAGUACGUUAGAAGAAUAAGAAGAAUAAAUGAACAAAUAUUAUUAAUCUUAUGUAAUGAAAAGAUGAUUCGCAAUAUAUAUAAAUGUGCAAAUUUGGAUAAUUAUAAAAUAAAAUUUUACGCAUCACUUAUACUUUCAUACAUACCUGAUAUUAAUGAAAUGAUUGCAAAUAAUACAAUUAAUGAAAAACUAAAUAAUAAUAAAUGUAAUAAUGAUGAUAUAGAUAAUAUUAGUAGUAAUAACUUGAAUAUAAAAGAAGAAAUGGAUGAAAUAAAAAAUUUAGAAGACUUUACAAAUGAAAAGAUGGAAACUUUUUCUAAAUCUCUUUUUAUUCCUGAUACUAUUUUGAUAAAAAAAAACAAUAAAAAUUUUAUUUGUAGUGUUGAGGGGGAUUAUUAUAAUUAUAUAUAUAAAUUUAAUAUUUUAAAUACAUUAUUAUUUUACUUAUAUAAUGAGACUUGCUUUUAUGAACAUAUCAUAAAUAGUAUAAAAAAUUUUAUUUCCGAACAAAGUUCCAUUAUGAAUUUAAAAUACCUGAAAAUUAAAAAUGAGGAAUUGAUAAAUACAAUAUCUUUUAGCGAUAUAAGAGGAAAUGCUGAAAAGAAGACGAAGACAAAGAAAAAAAAAAAAAAAAAAGAAAAUGAAAAUUUUGUUUUUCCUAAAAAAAUAAAUAGCAUUGAGAGCACGACUUAUGAUUAUAAUAAUAAUAGUAAAAUUAGUGGCAUGGGAAAUGAAAGUAACCUUAAAAAUGAUAAUAGUGAAAAAAAUUAUGUAAACAACAAUUUAAAAGAAGUGGAUAAUAAAGAGGAUUUAAUUAAUGAAGAAAAUGCUUCAUUAGAAAAUCAACAAAACAAUAAUCAGUGUGUUUUAUAUAAUGAUUCUAAAAUAUACAAUCAUAUACAUUGCUUAUUUAAUUAUGUUUCAAAUUUAAGGACAUUUGGUUUACUAAAUAAUUUAAUCGUACAAAUGUAUAUUAAUAUAAAAAAAAAAUUGAAGUUUAUUGAUAUGAAUUUUUUAUUUGAUAUCUUAAAAAAGAAAGCAGAGGAAAAAAAUGAAAUGAAAAAAAGUAUUCGCAAUUUAAAAGAAGAAUAUGAAUUUGUUAACAUUACUUAUAAUGAUUACAUAAACUUACAGUAUGAAUCAAAUAAAUAUAUGAGUAUAAUUGAAAAAUUGUAUGAAGAAUUAGAGGAAAUUGAUAAAAAAAGAAAAAAAAUUCUUCGAAAACACAAGUACGUGCAUAUUAAUGUAUGUAAUUAUAGAAAAAAGCUAAUUCACAUAGAAAAAAUGAUUGAAGAAUCUCCAUCUAUUAAAAAAUGUUUAAAUGAAGAGUUGAAUAAAAUAAAAGGAAAUAUCAUACUUUAUAAAAAAGAUAAAAAAAAAUUAUCUUUUUUUAUUUUAUUACAUAAAUUUUAUUUGGAUAAUUUCAAUGGGAUACUCAAUAAAUUGAAAAUAAUGAAUGAUUCUUUUGGAAAUAUUAAGUUACUUUCAAAUGAUUUUGAUAAAAACAAGAAUUUAAUAUUAAAUGAAAUCGCAUGCUUAAUUUCAAAUGAUAUCAUAUUAGCUGAUAUGCUCAUGGAUAAAAUAAAUAUAAGUAUAGAUAAUGAAAAUUUUUCUGUUUUACUAGGAAAAGCAAAAAAUAUUGAUAAUUUUAAUUAUAACAUUUGCAACGAAAAUAAAUUGAUAAUUAUUAAUAAAGAUAAUAAAAUAAGUGAUAAAAAGAAUGUUGAUUUAUUUAAAGUUAAUGAUAUGCUUAAUGAAAAAUAUAAAUAUUAUUUUAAUGAUGAUAAUAUUUUAAAUAUAGAAGAAAGAAAUAUGAAUGAUGAAUUUAAAAAUUUCAAUGAAAUGGAAUAUUAUAGUAGUGACAGUCAAACAACAGAAAGAAAAAUAGUAAAAAAUGAUAAAAUGAAAAAUAUUCAAAAUAAUCUCAGUGAAUAUAAUGUUGAUAAUCACAAUUCAUAUUAUAAUUUGGAUGAGACCCUAGAAGAUUUUAAUAAUGAUAGAAGAUAUAUAGAAGUAAGAAACUAUAAAAAUUUUUCUUAUAGUGAUAAAGUAUAUGAUGAAGGUUUUAAGAAAGGUUUUGAUGAUAACAAUACUAAAAUAUAUGAAUACACUCAUAAAGAAAAAAAUGAAAUGGAAGAAGGAGAAAAUGAAGAAGCAUUGAGUACAGAAUUCGUUUCAAGUGAUGAAGAUAAUGAAGAUUUAAAAAAAAAAAUAGACGAAUUAAAUAAUUUUAAAAAUAAAAAUAUGAAAUGCUUGUUACCAGAAGAUAUAAAAAUUGAUGAUUCUAUGAAUAAAAAAAUGUUUAUUGAAAUAAUGGAUAUCAUAAAAAAUCGUAAAAAACAAAUAGAAAAAGUAACAUCACAACAGAAUAGUCAAAUAUAUAAAAAUAUACAUAAAUAUAAUAAUCUUUUAAAUAAAUGUAAUAUUCAAAUUAAUGUUAAUCAAAAAAAAUAUGUUAAGUUAAAUAAACAGAUUUUGUCAAUUGAUACAAAUUCUAUGAUUAAAAAAUCUGAGUGUAUAUACAAGACCAUUAGAGAGUGGGAUGAUAAGAUAAACAUUUUAAAUGAAGAAAUUAAGAUUGUAGAAAAUGAAAAAAAAGAAAAAGAAAAAGAAAUAUCAUCACAAAAACGAAAAUUAGAAAAAAAAGAAAAAGAAAAGAAUCAGAAAAAAGAAGAACUCAGAUUAUUAGUUACAGAUAUGUACAAGCAUAAUAAUAAAAUAAAAAAGAAAUAUAAAAAAGAUCAAAAAAUUAUUUUAUUGAUAUUAUAUAAUUCUUGGUUUUUAUAUCAUUAUAUUUACAUAAUAUACCUGAAUACAAUCAAAUUAAAAAAUUAUUUAUCAUACAAACAAAAUAUAAAUGAAGUUUGUCUUUCUUCAGCUAAAGAAGCCAUUUUAAAUAUUAACUUUUUUUCCGAAUUGCUAGAUGGAACUGAUUUUUAA